UCGCACAAAGUUGUUGGGAGAGGCUCCAAAAAAUAUUACUCAUGAAAAACUUAUUUGUUUGUUAUUAGUGAGAAGGACAUAGCCACAUGUUUUAUUCGGCGAUAUGUGUGACGUUAGCUGUUUUUAUAUCUUUGGUCCACGACAUCUUAGUAUGAGCUGUCGGUCAAUAUCACGGGCACUGACUUCCAGUAAAUAGUACCGCCUGGGCUACGGAACCACCAACGGGAACCAGACCUGGAUCAAGCUGGCCUGGGGUGAUGCUGCCACCGACCUCCUGUACUCGGUCAUUGGACUCAGCCCUGGGUCAUGUAUAGGGUCAAGGUUCAAAAGAUCCGGGUAUGAAAUUUACAGCCAGGAGGUCACAACCAUUUGUAGGUUUUCUGUUUACAUUGACGUAACAUGUAAUUGAAAACAUGGAAGACGACAACAAUAUUGAAGACUAACAGUAUCAGAUCCUGUUUGUGUACAUAUAUUUGGAAUAACGACUAUGUAGCCGCCAUUUAUGAAGAGCAAGAAAUCCCUGACCAAUGGUAAAGUUGUUCAUUCUGAGCCUGAUGUGUUAUGUUUGACAUCGGAUCCCAGUAGAAAAAGGCCUGUUCUAGUUAUAUGUGAGGUAAAGAAAAUUGAACCCGGAGAAAAUAUGCUAGACCAUCCUAAGAAAAAGAUCAGGUCACUGAAUACAUCUACCUCCAGUAUAUCAAAUAUACCCGACUCAAUAUUUGCUCCACAUAUAUGGGAACUCUUUGUUCAUAUGGAAAAAUCAGUGUCAGCAAGGGCUGUUCUUGGGGUGGCUGUUGAUAAAACACACGUCCGGUUUACUUUUCUUAUUGUACAUAAAACAACUAAGGAAAUGUUGAAAACAUCGGAUGGAAGGGGACCUGUACAUUUUGAGGGACUGGUGGAAAACCCUCGGUUUUACUACAGAAAACAGAUGAACUAUCUUAAGAGAGAGGAGAGAGGAAUUGUUGAAAUGUCUGCUUUAUGUUGGAAUGAUGCAAAAUAGAUUUUAAAAAUCGAAUUGUGUCUUAAAUAUUUUUUAAAAUAUAAUUUACAUUUAUCUGCAUGGUACAUGUACUUAAAGAGACUUGGACGUGAUUUUAGAUCAACAAUUUUAUUUUUAUUUUUUAUGUAUAAAACGGUUUACUGGUGCAUUUUAAAUGAUUGACCAAAAUAUAGAAUGUUAAGUUAAAUUACAAGCGAGAUACAGAUGUAAGAAUUGAUUGUUAUUUAAACAAAGCUCGAGUCUCAUAGUUGUUUACGAAAAAUGUAAUGUUGAGAAUUGCCAUUUCUUAGACAAAAUGACAUGUAAAAACAAUUUAAACUAAUUCAAUAUCUUUAUAAAUACUUUUAUCAACAUAAGAAAGAUGCAUUUGAUUGAAAUUUACACCAAUAUAACACACAUGUAAAAAUGACAAUAUUUUAGCUUUGUUUACAAAACAAAGAAUUAGGAACUCUGUAUC